AUGGGUUUCAUCGAGUUCGAAAACAACAUUUCGUUGUAUACGGUCCCCAUUGGCCUUUUUCUGGCCAUGGCUCCUCACGCUUAUGGGGUCUCGUCAGGCCUCUCGAGGUACAACCCGGACAACCCUCGCCAGUUCGAGGCCACCAUUGCCAGCGACUCUACCCUGGACAAGACUAUCAAGCGACGCAUCAUCCGCGCCAAGUCCGCCUCAAGCAACUCGCUUGAGACCCUCGGCCUCUACGCCGCGGCGGUCGUGGCGGGCAACAUCGCCCAGCUUGACAGGAACAUACUGAACUGGCUCUCCUCUCUGUACGUCAUCAGCCGUGUGCUGUACCUCAUCACCUACAUCUGGCUCCAGGACAACAGGGCCUUUUCUCCCCUUCGGUCCGUGUUCUGGGGGCUACUACUCCUCCUUCUCGGCACCGCCGCCGCCCUGCCCCACCCCACCACCGUUUCCGAGUCCGGACUCCCCGCCCUGCCCACCGAGACAGCGACACCGCCGGAAGAGUCCCUCACAACCCCCGUGGUAGAAAUCGUAUGUCUUACCAAGUACUGCCAAGAAGGCCUGCUCUACUGCCACCGAUGGGUGCCGCCCUCUGGGAACUAUAAUCCCCUCACCGGCCUGUGGGAGCAUGGUGGCGCGCUGCGGGAGGUCAUUGGCGUAUGCCCAGUGUAA